AUGGCCUCCAAUUUCCCAUCCUCAAUUGGCCCCCGGACGUACGGCCUGUUCCUCAUCCGAACUGUCCAAGCUGCACUGGCGCCCGAUGAACGCUGGUUGGCAUUCCAGAACGUUGCCGACCGGUGCAGGGUUAAGAAUUGGGACGUUGAGAGUGUCAAGCACUGGCACGCGGGAUCUAACAGUGCAGCCAUCGAACCAAGCGAGAAGCGUUACGUGGAUGAGGUCGAUGAUCUGGUCUACGUGCUUCCGCCAUUGCGUCUGCCGCCACUGCUGCGCCUGUUCGCCAAAUUCUUUAAGAGCUCUGACGGCGAGGACGAAAAGACGGUAGUGCUGAAUAAGGAGAGGGCGCGCAGAGUGUUCGGUCUCAUCUCGUUUCCCUUUGCACUGUCCAUGCUCAUCGGCCCACUGUGGAUUCUGAACGUGCUACCCAACAUCAACGCUCGGCUGGGCGGCAUCACCGGCUUCGUACUCCUCCUCGCCCUGCAUCUCGUCCUGAGCACGCCCGCCAAAGCAGAGGUGAUCUGGGGCACGACAGCAGCGUGCUCUGCCGUCCUGAUGGUCCUCCUCCAGAUACAGAGUUCGACCCGCUAG